AGAGAAUAGGAAAAGAUGCCGAUUGAUUUUUAUUACUUGGAAUAUAGUCCACCGUGUCGGUCGGUUCUAUUGCUGGCAAAAGCGAUCGGCGUCCAUUUGAACUUGAAAACGAUCUCCCCUUUGAAAGGGGAACACAUGAAAUCCGAAUUUGUGAAGUUGAAUCCACAACACGUAAUACCGACGAUAGACGACAAUGGGUUCGUUUUGUGCGAAAGCCGGCCAAUCAUGGGAUACUUGGUGAGCAAAUACGCCAAAAACGAUUCUUUAUAUCCGAGAGAUCCAAGGAAGAGAGGUGUCGUGGAUCAAAUGUUAUAUUUCGACAUCGGCACCCUUAACGAGAACGUGGUUAAAUGUUACUACUCGAUAAUAUUUUUCGGGGCGCAUUCGUUGAAAGAAGAAAACGUAGAAGCCGUGGAGAGAUCGUGCGAGGUGUUGAACGCGUAUCUCGAGGAUCGCGAGUACGUAGCCGGCGAUGCUCUCACCAUCGCCGAUUUUGCCAUCCACACGACCAUUUGCGUCCUCUUGGUAAAAAUUAAAAUGCCGAUCGAUUUUUAUCAACUUCUCGGAAGUCCGCCAUGCCGUGCAGUUGCAUUGACGGCUGCUGCUUUUGGUAUCGAAAUGAACUUCAAAAAGGUUGAUUUGUUGAAUGGAGAACACUUGAAGCCUGAAUUUUUAAAGAUGAAUCCACAACACACGAUACCUACGAUCGAUGAUAACGGUUUCUAUUUAUGGAAAGGUAACUUUUGUCCACCUUUAUUUUUUUCCUCGAGAAAACUCUUGAAUUUAUCAUACCGUUGUUUCCCUUUCAGUCGAGCCAUUAUGAUGUAUUUGGCGGACCAAUACGGCAAAAAUGACUCCCUGUAUCCAAAGGAUCUGAAGAAACGGGCGAUCAUUAAUCAAAGAUUAUACUUCGACGUGUGCAAUUUAUAUAAAUCGUUCGCGGAUUAUUACUAUCCUAUGAUUUUCGCCAAAGCGGCCAAAGAUCAAGCAAAAUACGAGAGCAUUGGCACGGCACUUUCGUUGCUCGACAAAUUCCUCGAAGGGGAAAAUUAUGUAGCAGGAAAGAAUAUCACCCUUGCCGAUUUAAGUAUCGUGACUACCGUCUCCACGAUAGAGGUGAUGGAUUACGAUCUCGGCAAAUAUAAGAACGUUACGAGAUGGUUUGCAAAGAUGAAAUCGGAGAUACCGAAAUACGAAGAGUACAAUAACGCUGGAUUGAAAAUGUUCAAAGCGUUGGCGGACGAGAAGUUGUCGAAAAAGUAAACAAAAUGGGAUGAGAUAAAUUGCGUUUAAUUAUUUAAUUUCUUCUUCUUUUUGUUAUUAUACGAAAAAUUAUUUUAUUACACGAAUAAAGAGUUAUCGUUGUCCUUUAAGGAUUGGA